AUGGCUGCCCCCAUGGAUGAGUUGGGGAAGUGUUCCCUCCACAAAUAUUUUGAGGGGGACUGUGGCCUUUCCAGCAAAUUUUCAAAUGAAAUUUGUAUAAAACUUAUAAAGAAUUGUAAUAAGAGCAUUGUUGGACAUUUGAGAGCGUGUAACAUGGGUGAAAAGUCGGUGAAAUCAGAGGGGGAGUUGCUUUGUUUACGUGCUGGGAUAUGGAAAUGGAGACCUGAAACUGACCACGGGAUUUCAGUAUGCCCUGCUCACAGAUAUCAGUAUGGAAUUGGAUGGAGGCCAAAAGUAAGGUGUGGCUUUGUUAGACACCCGACAACCUCCAACAGUAAAGCACAACGUGGAAUGUCUGCACUGAUGUGUGAAGCUGUUCAAUUAAGCUGGGGAACUUUAUGUAGAGUUGGCACAGGAAUUUGUCGUCAGUGCAUCAGUGAGAUAUCAGAACUACUAAAUGCUUGCAGUGUUAAGACAGAGUCAAAUAAAGAUACCACUGAAGAAAAGAGCCAGGAUAAAAGAAAUACCACAAAGCCUGUUAUGACACAUGAUAAGAUUGAAACUGAUCAAGAUGACAUAUGUGAGAUUGCAGACCAUAACAAAUAUAGAUUACGUCCAAAACAGGUAUUUUACUAA